AUGAAUUUCGGUGAUGAUGAAAUAUGGGUUAAUCACCCCAAAUUUGUUUGUCUUAUAGCUAAGUUAGACAAUCAAGAGAAUAAAUUAUUGAUUACCAAAUAAGGGAUUCUCAAUAUUGAUAAAGAAAUAAGAGAAGAAUAUGUUGAAGAAAAAUCAAACAUCAAAGUGGAUCCGUUGGCAAAGCAAGGAGUUAAUGAUUUAUUAGUAAGAAUAAAAUUAAAGUAAGCUAUUAAACGAACUGAAUGAGUUUAAUUGUCUUCAUGGAAUAAGAAUGAGAUAUUCUAAGAAAUCUAUAUAUACAUAAGUUGGAGCUCCAAUACUUGUAGCCAUAAAUCCAUAUUAAUAUGUUCCUGAAUUUUACGAUUAAAAAAUGAUGUUAUUUUUUAAAAAGGAAAUGGGAAGGAUGAAUUAGUAUUGAUAUUCUAUAAGUUAGAAUUUCUAAAGAUCUACUUUAGUAAAAACUAAGAGAUAUCGAUCCUCAUCUGUACAAAGUUGCUCAAAUGUCAUUAGAUCAACUUUUUGAAGAGACAACCAAAACUAAAACUAGAAUAUGCUCAAUGAUUAUUUCUGGAGAAAGUGGAUCAGGCAAAACAGAGUCAACAAAAAUUAUACUAAAAUAUUUAGCAGCUGAAUCAUUAGGUUAGAAGCUAAAAUCUCCCUCUAUAGAAUAACAAGUCUUUGCUUCUAAUCCACUUCUAGAGGCUUUUGGAAAUGCAAAAACAGCUAGAAAUGAUAACUCUAGUAGAUUUGGAAAAUUCAUUCACUUAUAUUUUAAUCCUGUCACCAAAAGAAUUACAAAUGCAAAAAUUGAUAACUACUUACUAGAAAAAAGUAGAGUUGUUAAACUAAGUUCAGUAGAAAGAAAUUAUCACAUUUUCUAUCAAUUAAUUGCUGCUCAAAUCCCAGAACUAAGUAAGAAAUUACAAACUAUUAGAACUUGGAUAAGCAAAGUAGUACCAUUAUUUAAAAUAAGGAGAUUUGAAAUACACAAAAAAUGAACUUGAAGAAUUCAAAGAAACUAGUGAUUGUAUGGAUAAAAUGAACUUUACUUCAUAAGAGAAACAAUUCAUUUUUCAAGCUCUUGCAGGAAUUUUACACUUAGGAAAUCUAUCUAUUUAGGGAGAUGCCAAUAAAUCAUUUGUAAUAGAAGACUUUUCUCUAAAAGCCUCCUGCUAAUUAUUAGGACUUGAAUCUGAAGACUUGAUUAGAGUCAUUUGCAAAGUAUAAACACUUAUGGGCAAAGAAGUGAUUAUGAAAGAAAACAAUAUUGACUCAGCAAGUAGUGCAAGAGAUACACUUGCUAAGCAUAUUUAUGAGAAACUUUUUAAUUGGUUAAUCGAAAGGGUUAAUUCGUAACUUUAAGCUUGCAGCUAAAUUUAAAAUAAAUAACCAAGCACUUAAUACAUGAUUGGUAUUCUAGAUAUUUUUGGUUUUGAAAUAUUUACAGAUGAAUAAGGUAUAUAAACUAAUAGUUUUGAAUAAUUAAACAUUAAUUUUACCAAUGAAAAACUCCAAUAGCAUUUUAAUUCCCAUAUGUUAGAAACUGAAUAAAGUAUCAUAUUUCAUCUGAUUAUUUAGGUGAAUACAAUUAGGAAAAAAUUUAAUGGAAUCACAUUAAAUUUCCAGACAACAAACAAAUUAUUGAUGUAAUUGAGAAUUCAACUUUAUCUAUUUACAAAUUACUGAUUGAUCAAACAAUCGCCCCUAAAGGUAAUGAUAGAGAAUUUAGUAAUUCAUUCAAGAAAUUGCCAAGAGAAUGUGUUUUCAAUGUUCAAGACUUAUUAGCAUAGGAUUCUGAUAUUAAAGUAGAUAAAAAGCAUAAAACUGCUAAAUUUGAUUGGUUUGGAAUCAAGCAUUUUGCUGGGUAUGUAAUUUAUAAUGUCUAUGGAUUUAUUGAUAAAAACAAAGACACAAUCAAUUAAGAGGUUCAUCAAGUUUUGCCAACUAGUAAAAAUCCCAUUCUUCGAGAAAUUUGGAAAAGUCAUCAAAUUACAAAUACAAAUAUUAAAUAGAAUAAUGUCAUUACUAGAUUUUAAAAUUCUCUUUAAGAAUUAUUAGAAAUUCUUAAUAAAUCCCUUCCUAAGUAUAUUAGAUGUAUUAAGCCUAAUAAUAACAAAACUGCAUUUGAAUUUGAUGCAUAAGAAGUAAGAAGAUAAAUGAGAUGUGCUGGUUUAUUGGAAGCAAUCUAAAUUAGAAAGGCUGGGUAUGAAAUUCGACUUAACCAUCUUGAUUUUAUGAAGAAAUACAGGUAUCUUAUUAAAGGAAAACCUUCAAAUAUAAAUUAAAUGAUCAUUCUAUUGAACCAAAACUAAAAAAUUAAAGAAAGAUUACAGAAAGAAUUAGAAUCCAAAAAUGUUUAAGUUGGAACAACUAAAAUUUUUAUGAAAGAAGGAUUACGAGAUUUCUUAGAUUAAAUGUUAAUAGAAUUCAGAAUGUAAUAUAUAAUCAAAAUUUAAAAAUCCGGUAGAAAGUAUAUUUACCGAAAAACUAUUUUUUUGAAAUUGAAAAUUCUUGUGAAUAGGCACCAUAAAUUAUAAAGGACAUGUAAAUGGUAUCUAUUUAAAUUCGUAUUGUAAAAACGAAUUAUAAAUAGGUAAAUAUUAAGCACCUUCAUUUUUAAAAUUAACAAAUUUGAAAGGAAAAUAGUAGAAUCAUUUGCCUUUUAAAAAUUUAAAGAUUAUGCUGCUUUUUUAAUAUAGAAAGAUGCUGAAAUAAAGAGAUAAUAAUAAGAGUUAGAGAGAGAGUUGUAAAUAGAAAGUUCUGGAGAAAUAAAUAAAUCAGUCAUAAUUUCUUAAAAGUUAGUGGAGGAUGAUUUCAGUAUUAGUUAAUCCUAACCAAUAUAAACACUGAACGUCAAAUAAUUCACUAAACCUGAAACAGUUAGCAAUUCCAAUUCUAUAGAUAUGUUUAAAAAGGCUCUUUAGGACACUCAAUAAAAAUUAAAAAUGGAACAAGAGAAAAGAAGAGAUUUGGAAAAUUAGGUUGAAAAGUUAUAAAAUGAUCUAUUAUAAUUUGAAUCCUCUGGUAGAGAAACGUUGAAUCCUUCUGCCUUUGGAUAAUUGGAAGAUAUAUUUACUUUGUAAAAAUUAACAUCAGAAAAGUAAUUGUUGGAAGUGUAAGUUGAAUAACUACAAAUUGAUAAAAAAAAAAUAGAAAAAUCUGUAAUAUUUUCAUGUUAUAUUUUAGAGUUUUGAUUAAAUUUAAAAUUUAGGGCUUUAAUUAGCUCAUGCUCAACAAUUUAUAAAAGAGUUAGAGCAUAAUAAUGAGGUUCUUACACAAGAUUACUUAAAUGAAGUCAAAGCCAAGGAAGAAAUUGAGGAAAAAUUGAAAGAUGAAUGGAAUUAAGAAAGAAGACUAUUAGCUAGAGAAUUAGAGGAUUCUAAAAAGGCUCUAUCAAAUUAAAAUAAGAUUGCCUAAAAGGAUAUUUAAAGAGUCAAAAUGGAAUAUGAUAGAGAAAAAUUAAAAGUAGCAGAAUUAGAAAGUGAAGUUAAGAAGUUUUAAUAACUCAGCGAACUUUAUAAGUCUUAACUAGAAUCAAAUGAUUUAAGCAUAAAAGAUCAUAAAGGGAAUGAUCAUGAAAUAUAAUUGAAAGACUUGUAAAUUAGAGAUUUACAAGUUGAAAUUCAAAAAAGGGAUCAAAUAAUAUCCUAGUUGAAUAAUUAAAUCAAAGAAUAGCAAACUAAAUCUUUAAUAUAAUCUAAAACUAUCACUUAAGUUAUUGAUAAUACUGAGAUUACCUAAGAACUAAAUGAAAAAAUUAUCGCAUUAUCAGCAACUUUAAAAAAAAGAGAGUUUGAGUAAAAUAGAAACAAAAAACUAAUCUCAGUCAUGAAUAAUCUUAUCAAACUGAAAAUUAUCGAAGUAAAUGCUCUGCAUAAGCAUUUUAAUAUUGUGCAUGAAUAAUAAAAACAAGUAUUAUAUUCAUAAUAGUAAGGAUGUAUAUAAGCCCAUUGCUUAAAUCAUGGAAAAAGAAAAAUUAUUGAUGAAAUAAUUUGAGGACUUAAUUAAAUAAAAUAAUUAGGAAUAGACUGAACAAGCAGAAAACUAAUAAAAAAUAGGAUGA